UCUACGCUGAUCUCAGUGGCUCCAUCAGUGCAGAGGACGACUACCUGCCUCUCCGGCACCACUCAACCCACCUCACCAUGACCCGCCUGGACCCACCACCCCACCGAACCAACCCCAAAGCCUGGAUGGAGGAGGACAACAGCAGGGGCAGGAUUGGCAGACACUCAGGGUUAAAAGAAGAAAGGAAUCGUGAAAGUGGCUACUUCUCUCUGGGGAGGGCGAAAGGUGCCCGUUCUCUCAGGGAUCAGAGCCCCCCACCCGUUUACCGCCAUUCAGAGAGGGGACACCCCCUCUACAGCAACCGGAGCCCUGAGCCCAAAGCUACCAUCCCCUUCAGGAACCCUAACCUGGGGCUGGCCUCAGAGAGGUUAAACCCAGAGAUACUAAACCUAGACCUGCCUCUGGAAAUCCCUGAACCUCCUGAUGCAUUUGAUCUCACCAUUGAGGUUGAGGCUCAGGUGGGCCCUCGCUCCCCAAGCCCCACCCCUUUUAAGAUAGCAGAAUCCCUGGCCUCCACUAACCGGAGGGGUUUCAACAGCUCAUACAGUAGAAGAAACUCCCCUUCCUAUCAGGAGUCUGGGAAGUUAAAUGCAUCGAGACAAAGCUCCUCUCUGUCCCGCUCCUCUUCACCCUUACGAAACACCUCCCCAUUCAAACGAAGUGAAUGUACCACCUCCCUCAACAGACGGGGCUUAGACUCUGAGGGCUGGUCUCAGGGGUGGGACCAGACUUCUAGAGGUCCCCCCCAGAGCUCUUUUGGACGAGGUGUUGAUAUUAGAGGCUUGAAUAAAAAUGUAAUAUCGAUGGCCAGUUCAGUUAGUUCCAUACCACAGGUCAACUCUGUUUCAGAUUUUAAAAGUGCAUUGCGCAAGAAUGAGGCAGACAGCUCCUUAAAUGGUCGUCGACGUGACACACAAAGCUCCGCCCCUUCAAGGGGGGGUUACGAAAGCCCCAGACAAUCCCUGGUCCGCAAAUCUGAAACAAGUAACUCCUUAACUCCCUCAAGAAGGGCUUAUGACACCUCCAACCAAACCCUGCUUCGCAAAUCUGAUGGGAACAGCUUGAUAAAUGGUAAUGGUCGUGAAAGUCGCAAUUCUUCUCCCUUGAGGAGUUACAAUGCCACCAGCCAGUCCCUCCUUCGCAAAUCUGAAACGAACAGUUCUCUCAAUGGUCAUAGUCGACACGGCGGCCGGUGUGGCUCUCCCAUUAGGGAGGGUUAUGAUGCCGAAAGACAAUCUCUGCGGAAAUCAGCUUCUAGGAAUGACUUAAAUGUUUAUGCCUAUGAAAGUGGUAGCUCUUCACCUUCUAGACGUGGCUUUGACACUCCUUGUCAAUUCCUGCUAUGCAAAAGUGAGACACGUGGCUAUGGAAAUGGUCGAGACAGUGGAAGCUCCUCUCCCUCUAGGAAAGGCUAUGAUGCCCCUAGCCAGACACCUCUGCGCAAAAGUGAAUCCAACAGCUACCGGAAUAGUCAAGGUCGAGACAGUCGAAGCUCCUCCCCUUUGAGAAAGGGAUAUGAUCCCCCUGGCCAAUCACUGCUUCGUAAAUCUGAGACAAACAGCUCUGUCAGAAGUCAAACUCGUGAUCGUCCUACCCCCUCUCCCUCUAGGAGAGGCUAUGAUACCCCGAGCCAGUCAUCACUGUGCAAAAGUGAAUCCAAAAACUUUCUGAAUAGUCAAAGUCGAGACAGUCGAAGCUCCUCCCCUUUGAGAAAGGGAUAUGAUGCCCCUGGCCAAUCACUGCUUUGUAAAUCAGAGACAAACAGCUCUGUCAGAUGUCAAAGUCGUGGUAGUCGUAGCCCCUCCCCUUUAAGUAGGGGCCGUGACACCCCCGGCCAAUCACUACUGCACAAAUCUGAGAAGAGUGGGGCCCUCAGCGGUCGGAGCGGUGACAGUCACAACUCCUCACCAUCCAAAAGAGGCAAUGACCCACCAGGAGUAGCAGUAGUAGGCAGGGUCUGGAGACUCGUAGCUCCUCCCCAAACACAAAAGGAUUGA